AUGUCAUCUGGAGACGUGUUCGAGCAUUACAAGGUUGCCACUGCAUCUUCAGGCAAGAAGAAAGACAACAAGAGGACUCGGGGGGACAGCAGUAAAAUCGCCUCAAAGAAGGCCCGAACUGAGGACCCUCCAGCCACUGUCCCUUCAAAGGAGAACACGCCACCUCCAUCGCCACCCGAGCAGCCGGCCUCAACUCCUCCGGUCGACCAGCAUUCCACUCCUCCAACACCCGUCGACCAGCACCCUACUCCUCAGGUCCCUACCAGCCAAACACAACGUACACAGCCCGAAGGCUCCAUGUCCAGCAUCGUGAUCAGCUCAGCCAGGGAGAGGAUAUACAAGCUCUCCAAGCACAAACACAUUCAAGAGGCCGUUAACGAAACCAUUUCCAUGGAGACUGACCAAAUACUCAACCGAGGGCUGAAUGAGCUUGUUAGCGGAUUACUAACCGUGACCACUGGUUGGUGCCGUGCAGGUGCAAUGGUGUCCAAGAGUAAAAAUUUUGACACCAGGCUUGCUGAGGCUAAGUAA